AUGGCAGGCGAAACGAAUGGCCCGACACUACUGGCAGCUAGUUGGGUUCUCGCCAUCCUAGCGUUUAUUCUAUUAGCCCUUCGGUUCUACUGUAAACUCAGUCGCGGACGGCCCCUUUGGUGGGACGACUACACGUUGUCGGUUUCUUGGAUAUGCCUCUUCGGCACGGCCAUCGCGGCGACUCUUUCGGUCCACUACGGCCUCGGCAGACGUACCACAAAACUAAUCCAAACCGGACCCGAAAACCUCACGAAAAUCAGCCAACUCAGCAUCCCCGGGGGUCUACUCGUUGUCCUCGCCACGGUAUGGAGCAAGACCUCGUUCGCCAUCACCGUGAUGAGAAUCUGCGAUGGAUGGAAGCGGGCGUUCCUCUGGUUCGCCAUUAUAUCCAUGAAUCUACUCAUGAUUACGACCGGGAUCUUGCUCGUCGCUGUGUGCCCUCCCCUGGAAAUGCUGGUUAUGGCUGCUGGUGGGCCGCAAAGGAAGUGCUUGCCGCCGAAGGUUAAUAUCGUCUUUGGAACGACAGCGUCUGCAUACUCCGGCGUAAUGGAUGUUCUCCUGGCAAUCCUUCCGUGGUAUCUCGUAUGGAACUUGCAAAUGAAAAUCGGCGAGAAGAUUGGGGUGGCUCUCGCGAUGAGUAUGGGCGUCUUCGCUGGUGUUACGGCAUUCAUCAAGUGCACUUACAUUCGGAAAUUGGGUAGCGGUGACAUUUCCUUCGACAUUUCCUACCUUAUGAUCUGGGGAGCCGCGGAGGCUGCCGUGACCAUAGUCGCGGCUUCGAUUCCCAUUCUUCGAGUGCUCAUCCGUGAUGCGACAACUCAAUACUACUACGGGUCGAGAACACAUACUCAGAGAGGCACACGCCCCGAGGACGAAAGCGGAAUCCUUGGCUCGGACCAGCGAGGGAAGCAAUCCAUCGCCAUUCAUUCGUCCUCCUCGGCGCACCCAUCGGCUCGUCGCGAAAUGGAGAACGACAGCAUUGCAUCCUCCGAUGAUGAUAAGACCCGGCCGAACAUUAAUGGAGGUGGCAUCAUACGGACGACCCACGUAACGGUUGAGACUAAGAGGAUAGGGUCCGAGGGGACCUCUGAUUAUGAGCUCGACAAUUUACGCGGAUGA